CAACAAACGCGAAAAUUUCAAACCCACACAACAACAAAGAUGAACCAACUGGUCCACUACGACUCGGGCCGGCCUGACACGAGCGACGGAAGCGAUGCCAGCGAAUCAGCAGUGCACGAGCACUACCACUAUCACCACCAACACCGUCACUCUAGCCACCACGAGAAGCAGCAUCACCACCAGCAGCCUGUGUUGCAGGAUGAAGCGUGCGGUGAUUGCGCGACAGAGACCACCGUGAGUAGCAGCAGCCGCAGCAACACAACAACAACAACAACAACAGCACCAAGCACCAGCAGCACCGACAAAAAAGCAGCCAGGCAACAAACACGCAGCAGAAGCAGCAAGCAUGACACUGCAAAUAGCAGGGGCAGUACUGGUGAUGGGGGUAGCCAAAGAAAGCAAGGAAAGGAGAACAAGGACAGAGCAGGAUGGGAGGAGGAAGAAGACAUGCCACGGGCGCGGGCACCCACAGCCACUGCCGCUGCAUCCAGCCACCUGCCAGACACAUCGACACUGCUUCAAGUGGGGCGCCCGUUUGGACUUCACGAUGCUGUGAGCCAUCGCCUGCUUGGCUACGACUGGAUCGCAGGCAUGUUGGACAACACGAACCCGCUGGUUUCCGAGCCGGACAGCUUCUUCGAGGACCUCGCCACCUUCCGCAAGGUGCACUACGAAGAGUGCCACGCGCCACCCACCACAGCUGAAGACGACCUAAUUGCGCAGCUGGUGAAAGAUGAAGGGCUUCGAGGCACUGCCACAGCAGAGACAGAUGAGCCAUCGACGCACGGGCCCGUCUACCGCAUCAACGAGCGUCUGUUCCCGGAGAAGAUGAGGGACGACUAUCCGUGCGAAGACCUGGGGCCCGCCAAAGCACACUUCCUCAAAGUCAGCGUUCCGCACCAGUACGUCGACGGCACUGAGGGUGGUGUUCCCAUCUUGCCAGGUCGUGAGCGGUUUGCAGAACGGCACCCAGUUGCUGACUCCAUGGCGCUCUCAAGGCACUGCGUGCGCGGGUUUGAGCAUGCACGGGCGCACCUCAUCUCGCCCCAGCCGCAGGUGAACCUGCGUGCGUCGUUGAGGCGUAGCGACCCCUAGCUCACGGCAGCUCACGACGUGGAUCGCAUUGCACUGUAUACAUGCACAUAUACACCACCCCCUUGCGCGUGGCAGAG